CAGCAACUUCACUAAGCUGACCAGUGUUGCUCCAGUCCUGGUGAAGGGUGGACGUCUCGCUCUUCUGGUCCUCCGUACACCGGCACGUUACCCUCGCUCCUCAUCCUGGGAAGUUUAUCUUUACCUUACAUAGCUCUUCUAGGGAAGAAGCAUCUGUUUCUUCGUCAUUUAUAGUGCAGACUGCUGAAAAGGAAGGAUGGCUACUGCUCUGGAAACAUUGACAGGCCACAAAGACAGAGUGUGGAAUGUAUCAUGGAAUCCCCAGGGCACAAUCCUCACCUCGUGUGGCUCUGAUCGCUCUAUUCGCCUUUGGGCUAAGGAAGGGGAUACUUGGAUUAACAAGAAUGUUCUUAGUGAAGCCCACACACGUACUGUACGAUGUGUGGCAUGGUCUCCCUGUGGAAGGAACAUGGCCUCUGCUAGUUUUGAUGCCACUGUCAAUAUCUGGGACUGUAAAGCCAAUGAAAUAGAGUGUAUUGCAACAUUAGAAGGUCACGAAAACGAAGUGAAGUGUGUUGCUUGGUCAGCAUCAGGGUCACUAUUGGCCACUUGUUCUAGAGAUAAGUCCGUAUGGGUGUGGGAAGUUGGUGAUGAUGAUGAGUAUGAGUGUUCAUCAGUCUUGCCAUCCCACACUCAGGAUGUAAAAAAAGUAGUUUUUCAUCCAAAUGCUGAUAUUCUUGCAUCAGCUUCCUAUGACAACUGCAUCAAACUUUACAAAGAAGAUGCGGAUGACUGGUCUGUAUUUUGCACUUUGAAUGGGCAUGAAUCAACUGUUUGGAGUCUUGCUUUUGACGCUUCAGGACAUCGAUUGGCAUCUUGUUCUGAUGAUAACACCGUGAAGAUUUGGCAGGAAUAUAAACCAGGAAACACUGAAGGAAUUGCCACACCAAACAAUGAACCUGUUUGGAAAUGCGUGUGUACUUUGUCUGGGUACCACAAUCGGACAAUCUAUGAUAUUGAUUGGUGCCAUCUUUCAGGAGCCAUUGCCACAUCAUGUGGAGAUGAUGCAAUUCGUAUUUUCAAAGAGCAUCCUAAUUCGGAAAAAAAUGCUCCUGUGUUUGACCUUAUUUUAACAAUACCUCAGGCACAUUCAGAAGAUGUGAAUAGUGUUUCCUGGAAUCCAGCAGUAAUAGGGUUACUUGCAUCUUCCAGUGAUGAUGGAACUGUCAAGUUAUGGGACUUCUCAAAAAUAUUCUGAAACCACUUUUUGAAUAUUGAGACACGAAAGUGAUAGCCAUUUGUUGGUGGAAUUCCUUGUGUAUUGUAAGAAAUUCUUGUGGCCACGAUAUGGGUUAUUCUUGUCUGAUUUACAUAUUUCACUGAAGUAUUGUACUGCAUGUAUAUAACUACAAGUGAUAUGAAAGAAAUGCAGUGCUUGCAGAAAUACUAUUCAUUUGUUUUAUGAUAAUUAAAUGUAUUUAUCCUUAGUUAUAAUUAGUGUAAAUAUUAGUCAACUAAUGUUAAAAAUCUUUAAUUUGGGUAAUAAAAUUAAAAUAUUCCAAUUAGA